CCUUUUUUCGCCCACGUGACGACCUCCGACCAAUGGAGAGUGUCGUUACAGGCGCAAUGCGGUUGUCGGGAUGUAAGGGGGAAUGGCGACGGUCGAGACGGUUUUUGGAGGCCAGAGCCGAGCCGAGUUUGACCAAACAGAAGCGGAUCACAGUUUUCCAGUUAAACCCUUAAAGACACCCAAAAAUGGAAGCCGAAGUGACGGUGUCCACCUCAUCCAGCGUUGUCUCCUCCUCCUCCUCCUCCUCCUCUUCCUCCUCCUCCACCCCACAGACCUCCACCACCCAGGCCAACCUUGCAGCGAAACAGAGAGACAGCAGAAAGCCCACAUCCACGACUCCCGCCUUCCUCUCCAACCUGGGCCGGGCCACGCUGCGGGGCAUCCGCAAGUGUCCUCAGUGUGGCAUCUACAACGGCACCCGCGGGCUCAGCUGCAAGAACAAAGCCUGUGGGAUCUCCCUCAGAAACGCUGCGACAGCGGCCCGGAGCAGCAAGAGUGCAGUGGAGGUGGUGAAGGUGAUAAUAGACAGUGAGGAGAGAGGAGGGAAGGAGCGGGAGGGCGGAGUCCUGGUGGGUGGAUUAGGUGGAGGAGUGCAGGUGUUUUCAGUGUGUCACAGAGGAAGAGGAGCCACAGCUACACAGCUGGGCUUUGUUGAGCUUGUUCCCACUGAUACUGCCAUCGCGACAGGUGACGGAGCCACCCUGCUGACCCGCAUCAACCUGGGGCGUUGCUUCGUGCCUUCAUGCAGGCAGGGUCAGAGGUCGAACCAGAGUGAGUCAGAAUCAGCGGUUGCCGGCUCCAAACAACAGUCAUCUGACAGCCUCUGCAUACACAUCAAGCAAGCCAUAGACUGUAACAGCCGAGCGACGCCGCUGACCUUAAAGAGCUCCGUCCUGGAGGGGUUACAGGCCUCCAUCCAGGCCAGGGAGGAGCUGUGGAGGCUGGCCACGGAGUCUCCGGGGCCCCUGGUGCAGCGCGUCGCAAGAGACACCCUGGUGGUGAAGUGCCACACAGACUCCCAGCAUCCUCUGGGGCUGCUGCACCUCACAGUGGGUGCAGGCGGUCUGUCUGAGGGUGUAAAGAGCGAGAGAAGGAGCAGAGAGCAGCAGCACGGUGUUUUCCACUGCGCUUGUCAGGUCAGCAGCAAGAGGAGUAAAGGUGGCGUUGAUGGAGGAGGAGGAGGAUCCACCAACGCUCAGUCUCCUCCCACCGUGGUGACAUCACAGCCCUGCCUUCACUUCUACGCUUGUGUGUGUGCCUUAGCAAGCGAUGAGAAACUGGCUUCAGAGUUUGCCGCUUUCAUCAACUACACCCCCAGCGGCGCGCAGCAGAGCCCGACCAGCAGAGUCAUCAGUCCCAGUGAGAAGCCUCUGCAUCAGGCUGAAACAUUCAACUUGCACCAUAAAACAAAGAAACUCCGCCUGGAUGACUCCCUCUCUGUGGCCUCUCCCUCUGGGCUGGGUAAAGAGGGGAUGUCGGCCUCCGGCCUGAGGAGAGCUGGUCAGAGGAAAGGCUCUGGUGCUGGAGGGCUGAAGGCUCCAGGGAGUAACCAGGCUGUGGAUGAGUGUACAGUGACGAUGGGCUUCCACCAGUGGCUCUCCAGCGUCACAGAGAGGAUCCACCAGACGAUGCACUACCAGUUUGAUGGGAAACCACAACCUCUGGUGUACCACAUUCCCCAGGACUUCUUCAACGCUCUGCAGCAUCGACUGUCGCUCGGCUCCAAGAAGAAGAGGUUGCCGAACUUCACAACAGCGUUUGUGAGAAACGAUGGACUUCCUCUCGGUUCGUUCUCCAAGUACACCUGGCACAUCACCAACGCCAUGCAGGUCAAACGCAUCUUCGACACUCCAGAGUUGCCUCUGGAGCUCUACCAGAGUUUUGUGAAGAACGCAGACGGCACUUAUUCACGUUUUCACUGCCCCGACCCUCCGCCUGAGCCUGAGCUACCGGAGGGAUUCAGGACAGAUCGACCGCAGGCGAUACGACCCAUGGAGCUCCGCACCUUCCUGAAAGUCGGACCGGGCUCGGCAGAUCAGAAGGAGGCCGGUCCGUUUGUGAUUGAGUGGAUCCCCGACGUCCUCCCUCGCUGUCAGAUGGGAGAGCUCCGGAUCAGCUUUGAAUUCGGCCACCAGCAGAGCGGUCAGCAGGAGCACUGUGAGAAGAUGAGCGCAGUGGAGAGAGGAGGUCAUAACAAGUCGGACUCGAGCCAAUCCAAACUCAAGAAGGCUGUUGAAAUCCUUCAGGUCGUUGUCUGAUCAGAUCUGGAUUAUUAUGACUCAUUGACAAUUUGUGACUGACCCAUAUUUACAUGUAAUAUUAUGCAAGUGGAUGAUGGCAUGGUAGGAUAAUCAAUUGCCAUAAGAGUAACACAGUAUAAUACUGAUCAACUGCAUUUAUAGAUGACCUAGUCUGUAGAGGAGCACUCAUCGUAUGGCCUUUUAUAUAAAUGCUAAAUAUUCACACUCAUGAAAAGAACUGAAAAUAAAAUAUAUUUUUGGAAA